GAACCGCGCGACAUAACGUAACCGUAUGCUUGGUGAACACUCUGAGAGGCUGCUGGAACCGGGGGAUGCCAUGGAAAGACUCGACAAGGAGCCGAGUACUGGAAGCGAGCUGGCUUCCAGUGGAGGAGCGGGUGUGUCUGCGGUGGUGGCGGCAGGGGGUGCAGCGCCCCCCCAGCCGCCUCCGCCGCUGGCCCUCAAGGAUGUGCAGUGUCCCAUUUGCCUCAAGGUGUUCAGCCGCAAGUUUUCCCUCGAGAUGCAUUUCCUGAUCCACCAGGGACUCAAGCCGUACAAGUGCCAGUUCUGUGGGCGCUGCUUCCGCCAGAAGGGCACCCUCAUGCGCCACAAGGCUAUCCACAGUCAGACACCGUCGUACCGCUGCGGCCUGUGUGACAAGAGCUACCGCCAGAAGAAUGUGUUCCUGCACCACCUCCGCAACCGGCACAAGGUGUCCACGGACGUGCUCGACCGGCGGCGCUGCCACAUCAAGAACAACGCUGGCGGCGGUGUCAUGGAGGCGGUUCCCGCAGCGCCAUUGCCGCCGCCAUCAUUGAGUUCGGUGUGCCUGCCUCCGCUGAGUCCGCCCGAGCCACCACCAGGCGAGGCCGCGCCACCCGUGAUGUUGCGCAUCUCGGAGCGCCAGCAGGCCUUACCGCCGUCCUCCGCCGCGUUGUCCAUGUGGCAAUGCCCAUUCUGUGCCUUCGAGAGCGCCCACGACCCUGAGAUCUGCCGCUCACACCUGCUGCAGCACGUGGGAGAGCCAGCAGACUGCCCACUCUGUCCGCGGCAGCUUGCCUCACCCCAGGAGCUGGCGGCACACCUGCGCGAUUUCCAUGAAAGUGCAGGCUUGGCUCCCAUUCUGACCAACCCGGCUGUCGCCACGGCAGGUCGUCCCCCAGACGUGACCUUCACCUGCAUUCCGUGCCAGAUGGAGUUCAGCAGCGAAGAGGACUUUGAAUGGCACGUGCGCACGCACGUGCAGAGUGUUCUCUCUGAGCCACCCGUAGCAGCGCCACGGCCCCCCCUGCCGCCCAGCACCUCCACCAGUGAGGGACCCCUCGACCUGACCGAGGCGCGACCGGCUGCAGCGCCACCUUACUCCGCACCGCUUCCGAUCAAAUUGGAGGCGGAGACUUCUCGCAGCUUGUCGUCCUCUCCACGGUUUCCGCACAAGCCGCAGCAACAACAGCAGCAGCAGCAGCAGCAGCAGCAGCAGCAGCGCCGUCAGCUCCUGUGCGUCGAGUGUGGGAAGCUGUUCGGCUCCAAGGCGCUCUACCGGUACCACGCGCAGCUGCACUUGGAUGUCCAGGGGGUGACAUUCAGGUGCCCGCAGUGCCGGCGGCGGUUCUCCCGCAAGGGGGAGCUGCUGGCGCACACACGGCAGCGCCACCUGCGGCGCCUGCCGUGCCUUCGGUGCGGCCGCCAGUUCAGCUACCGGUGCCUGCAGCAGGCGCACAUAGCCCGGUGCCAGGGUCCGCCGUCGCUCUGCAUCCCCGUGGUGGACGUGCAGGCGGCACGCGGUGCACUCGGUGCCAGCCUCCUCGGCGUCAUCCCUCUGGUGGCACCCGAUGGGCAGGAGGCCAGCCCACUGCUGGGAGUCCCCGUACUGGCGCCGGACUGCCUGCCGCUCAAGAGCCGGCUCAACGGGCUGCACAUCUCAGCACGAAUCGGGCUCUAGUCUUCCACCAGCCCCCCCACUGCUGGAGUACAAAAAGAAAGGGCCUCCACCAGGGAGCAAGGAUGGACAGAACAGGGGUAAAGAAAAACUCCCCUUCAUUGGCACAAGCGUGUGCCGGCGACCAGAUAACGUCACAGUAAAGAAAAGUGUAAGGCAUGUGGGGCAGAGGAAUCUAGACUGAUGGCAUCUAGCAAUGUCACAGAACUAUAAGAUGUAUGUACCACGAUGAGGUCACAUUGCGCUGGCACCACCUGGCGACACGAACUCGCAGCAAGUUUCGUUGCUCGGAAUGUUGCUGCACAUAGCGUGGGCAGAAGGCUCAGAUAGGGGAGCACAGGUCGGUGGCAUCUGGUGGAAUUGUACACAAGCUGCCAGCCCUGUGGUGAUAUCGCUCACCAACACCAGGUGGCGCCACCACGUGACAGGCUUUAGGUGCUGCUCGGGAGCAUUUGUGGCAUUAUCUGGUCGUGCUGGAGAGUGGAGUUUCCUCCGGCCCCGAUCCAUUCUUGCUUCCUGGCUUCCGCCAAAGACUCCCACAGGGGGCCCCGUGCCAAAGGCGUCUUCCAUCCGCCGUCAUCACAGUGCUCCCCGCCCGUCCAGAGAAUUGAGAGAGCAAUAACUGUCGCGGUGCACUAGGAACGCCAUUCGACCCGGUGAAAGAGACUUUGCCAGCCCCCCUGCUCUACCUCAUUGUUUUGUUGCACUAGACUGCUGCAGCGUGGAAGUGAGAGAACGCAGCAGGCUAUACAUGAAAGCAGGGUUGGGAACCUCCCGUACAGAUUUUCUUGGCAGGCCUUUUCAUUGUCGCCUGCAUGUAAUGAUGCUGCUUCCAAAGGCAAUGUAGGGCGCAGUUGCAAGCUGUUUAUUUCUAUACUGUAUGAGAGUGGUAGUAAAGUAAUGGCACCAGGCUUUAACCAAGUGUUGCAUAAAUAGCAGCAGCAGCAGCAAGUGUGCGCAACUAUUCCAGAUGUGUUACUGGCUCCUUCAUGCUGAAAUUUCACACAUUAGCUAUGUGUUUACUGUAUUGCAAUGGGUUCAGUUUGGCACCACGUUUGUGUGCAAAUACUGGGCCUGUUUCAUCCGUGACAAGUAUUGACCCUUGUGCUGCACCGGAAUGAUGGUGCGGUUUGUUAUUUCGGCAUUGAAAAAGUGAUAGAUGGCACCACCAUUGCUUUGCAGUGUAAUCAGCAUUUUUUUUUUUUUUAUGUGGCAUCGCAACAGAAAAUAUGUGCCUCAGAUUUAUUGCGGAUGAGAUAGGGGGCAAGUAAUGCAAGCGAGUAUUGUAUUACGCUGAACCGACUGCAAGAUGCUGCAGCAGUGUGAAAUUCCCGUGCAAGCAAGGUGGCAGUUUCUACCGAAGAUCCAUAUGCACUCCCCUUUAAGUGUAAUGGAAUACAGCAGGUUUUAUAGAAAGCACAGCUGAGCACGUUAUGUAAAAGAUUGUUUUUGCAGACUCUCGCAGCACACAACUUUGCUUUCCCCAGUGCUGUGAGAUACCAUCCUGAUGAAGUUUUUAGGGCUGGGCAAUUAACUGUCUCUUUAAAUAGUUAUUUUUUUCCAGUCAAUCUUUAGUUGCACUCGCGUCAUUUAGGCCAAAGUAAGUGCAAUUAGGAGAGCAUGGCCUCACGCCCUCAACUUAUUGGUUUCCUUGUUCAAAUACCUGCACACUAUUGCAUCAGAAUACAGGGUUUAGUUCAUUUGUCCUUCUGUACUGUCUAUAGUUGGACUAGUUAUCGAAUCAUCGGGCAGGAGGAACGAGAAAAACCACAUAGCAUGAAGAGUGACACAAGCACUGCAUCGUUUGUAUCACCCACUCAUUCCUUUAUGUUGUUUUUUGUGCAUUGUGCCCUCUUUCAAACCAAUUUGUUUAACUUUUUUGCUGGAUGCACUCUUUGUUUAACGGUAAGAACUGUCCAAUUCUAUACGCAUAAUGCCCCCCCCCCCCCUUUUGUUCUUUAGGAGGCUUAUUGUUAAAGUCGGCAUCAUCUAUUGAUAUACAUUUAGGUUGGCUAAACCAAUUAACCGUUCAAUUAGUUGGUAACAGAAUGUUGCUACAUUGUGCUUAAUAAGUGCAAGACUAUUUUAACAACUUAGUAAAGCCUUUCGUACCUGAUAGUAUGAGGUACUGCUUCUUAAAGGUAUUCAGAUAUAAUUCAAAUUAAUUGAUUUGGUAUAUUCUGUGUGCUGCUCCCUGAUUCUGACACAACCUGGUAACAUUCUUUGAAGUGCCAGCUUACACAUUGAUGUUAAACUUAAAAAGAAAAAAGAAAGAAAAUCAUCUACUGCCACUAAUUCUUACCACCGAUCAUGCUUCAAGUUUCAACCAAAAGUAGCGCGACAAUAGUUCUUAUUUUAUUAGCUGCGUGCACACAGAGUAUUGAUGUGUGCAGGAAUGCCAUGUUACUUUAACUAAUAGUCCGACAUGACAUUACUUGAAAAAAGAUAUAUGUAGUCAAGCACCAUGGCUAUGUGCUUAGAAUUACUUUUACUUCUGUAUGCUAUCAUAUUAUAGAUGUUUACCUUCUGCUUGCUUUACUUAUGAUUCCUGCUGCUUUAAUUAAACCUUGCGGCGUUGUUAGAGUGUGUUUCGGUCUGUCAAGAUUGUCGCAUGUGACUGAACUUUAAUUAUAGUUAUUUAUCGAAGUCUGCAGUUGUAUCAUAGCACAGAAUGUGGAGCACAAUUGAAAUCUGAUUAUCUGUAAUAUAAUUAUUUCUCUAGCAUUAGUACAAUUCUACUUGGUUGAGAGAGCAAUGCAGAUUAGGGCUGAUGCUGUUACUAAAGAUAAGGAAGUGUCUCGUGGAAGCAGCAUCAUUUUCCCCAAAUGGUAACAAGUGUACUUGAGU